UUAGCCACAAACAAUCAUUAUAUUAAUUAAAAAACAUAUAUUAAAAACACACAAAAAAAAUCUGAAUCAUUAACAAAGUACCCUGGUGCAGACUUAGUUUAGUAACCAACACAACAAAUUAACAAGCAUAUAUGAUCAUUAUGAAUACUAUUAUCAUUUUGGAAUAGUCGGUGGUGGUGAUGGAUGAGAUUCAUGUAACAGAUCCGAAUGCUGAAGUUAUUGCUUUAUCACCAACCACAUUAAUGGCAACAAAUAGAUUCGUCUGUGAGAUCUGCAACAAAGGGUUUCAGAGGAACCAAAACCUUCAGUUGCACCGUAGAGGUCGCAAUCCUCCAUGGAAGCUGAGGCAGAGAGGAAGCAAUGAGUUGAUGAAGAAAAGGGUUUAUGUGUGCCCUGAGCCAUCAUGUGUCCACCAUAACCCAGCUCGUGCAUUAGGAGACAGCACUGGCAUAAAAAAAAUUACAGCAGAUAACAUGGUGAAAAGAAAUGGAAGUGUGACAAAUGCUCUAGAAGAUAUGCUGUCCAAUCUGACUGGAAGGCCCACCAGAAAACAUGUGGCACUAGGGAAUACAAAUGUGAUUGGGGAACCAUAUUUUCCAAGGUAGACAUUAAUUAAUAUUAUUGUUAUUAUUAUUACCAUGUUUAGUAUAAGAGUGAGCAAUGUUUGAAAAUUAAGUGAAAAAUAAAAUUAUUUUUACAAA